AUGGCGGCGGCAGCGGUGUCGGGGACGCUGAGGUGCCUGGUCCGAUGCAGCCAGCGGGUGGGAGGCGGGCGCUUGGCCGGACCCCCGCGGCGGGGCCUCCACGCCUCUGCGCCUGCCGCUGCUCAGGUGACUGUCCGUGAUGCUUUAAAUCAGGCCUUGGAUGAGGAAAUAGAGAGGGACGAGAAAGUUUUCUUGCUUGGGGAGGAAGUUGCGCAGUAUGAUGGUGCAUACAAGAUUAGCAGAGGACUCUGGAAGAAAUACGGUGAUAAGAGGAUAAUUGACACUCCUAUAUCAGAGAUGGGAUUUACUGGAAUUGCUGUAGGUGCUGCUAUGGCUGGCUUGAGGCCCAUUUGUGAAUUCAUGACCUUCAACUUCUCAAUGCAAGCCAUUGACCAGAUCAUAAACUCAGCUGCCAAAACCUACUACAUGUCUGCUGGGUUGGUGCCUGUGCCCAUCGUCUUCAGAGGUCCAAACGGAGCCUCGGCAGGAGUGGCAGCCCAGCAUUCCCAGUGUUUUGCAGCCUGGUACGGGCACUGUCCCGGACUGAAAGUAGUGAGCCCUUGGAGUUCGGAGGAUGCAAAAGGUCUCCUUAAAUCGGCAAUCCGGGAUGAUAAUCCAGUUGUAAUGCUGGAAAAUGAACUGAUGUAUGGUGUUCCCUUUGAGAUGUCUGAGGAAGCUCUGUCAAAGGACUUCCUUGUUCCUCUUGGAAAGGCUAAGAUAGAAAAACCAGGAACUCACCUUACUUUAGUGUCUCAUUCACGGUUCGUUGGGCACUGUAUGGAAGCAGCUAUUGUUCUUGCCAAAGACGGGGUGGAAUGUGAGGUCAUCAACCUUCGUAGUAUUAGGCCAAUAGAUAUUGAUACCGUCGAGGCCAGUGUGGUGAAGACAAACCAUCUUGUAACAGUGGAAGGCGGCUGGCCACAGUUUGGAGUGGGAGCUGAAAUAUGUGCCAGGAUUAUGGAAGGACCUGCUUUCAACUACUUGGAUGCUCCAGUCGUUCGCGUCACUGGUGCAGACGUCCCUAUGCCUUAUGCAAAGACUCUGGAGGAGAACUGCCUACCUCAAGUAAAGGAUAUUAUAGUUGCAGUGAAGAAAACACUAAAUAUCUAGGGGGUUUGUGUGUAUAUUUAAGCGCUUCCUUCCAGACUUAAGUCUUUAAAAAUAUUUAUGGAAUGCUUUUGUCAUUAUAUUGCAGGUUGUACUUGUACAUGGGCCAGAAA